AAAUCAGCAGUCCACUCGCUCUUCCGUCUUAAACCGGGUCAACGCGUCGCUCUGGAUGUUUAAAUCUACUGUGGAAAGAUUUCACAACAAAUGGAAAUCCUACCGACACAGGUUUGUCCCCUGGGUGGUGUUGAACCUGUCUAGAAAUGAGAAAACUCUUCGGAAGGUGACGGAGCGAUGCAAAGACAAGCUAGUCCCGGACGAGGAAGUGUCCCGGAGCCUCCUGGGUCUGUUCCGAGCCCUGCUCACAACCCACGGGGCUCAGACCCACGCAGGACCAGCCGGGCCUGAUGACACAGUGCGUGGACAUGAGGCUAUGCUGCAGACUCUGGGCUUCUGCAUUGACCGGAAGCCCAGCAGCUUGGCCUUUGCAGGAACAGGAGUGUUUGUCACCAGUGGGUUUGUCCCUAAAGGGGUCACAGUGGCCAUGUACCCUGGGACAGUCUACCAGGCCUAUGAGCCCAUCCUCCUGCAGUCCAUCAGAAACCCCUUUGUCUUCAGGUGUAUCGAUGGGAUCCUCAUUGAUGGAAAUGACAAAGGUCUUUCUAAAAUGGUGUUCAGGUCUUGCAGUGGCAGAGACAGGAUGGGGCCCUUCUUAACCAGUGACACCAGUUGGUUGACAUCCGGUCCACUAAACCCGCUGGCGGUGGGACAGUAUGUGAACAACUGCUCCAACGAGAGGCCUGCCAACGUCUGCUACCAGGAGUACGACGUUCCCCAGAAGUUUCCCCUGGAGCUACGACAGUAUCUCCCCAAUGUGAACUACAGUCAGGACAGUCACAGGCCUCUGCGCUGUGUGGUUCUGGUGUCACUCAGAGACAUUACAGCCGGAGAAGAACUGUUCUCCAACUACUACACCAUUGUGCAUUAGAGCCCCAGUACCCUCCAACGUCCUGCUUUGAUAUCACAGCUCAAGAAGAUGAGACAUUUGACGCGAAAUAAGAAAUAUUUAUUUUUUUCUGGCACAAAUCUCUUUGUACAUUCUUACACUGAAGCAAAAACCUAAAACAAAAGCUUUUGUGGGUUACGGUUUGAACAAUAAAUACCUGAAAGUGCAAGAAAUUGU